CAGCUGGUGCUGGAAACCGCGAAUGGCUCGCUAGCGCGGGCGGGGGCGGCCCAGGGGCCAGAGCCGGAGGCGGCGGAGAUGAGGCGAGGCUAGGCAGCAAGCGCCAGUGCAGAGCUCAGCCUCGAACACAGUUUUCCUCCUGGACCUGUCAAGUCAGACCUCACGUGUACACCGGGAGAAUCUACCAAAGGCUACCUAAGCAGCCGCGGCCUCUGAGCGCUGCGCUGAUGUGCCGGGAGCGGAAGCAGGUCAGAAACAGACGGAGGGAGAAGAAAAUGGAGCGCGAGUGACAAUCAGACUAGGAUGAGAAUGAAUGGGAGCAGAUGAUGCGGCCCCCUCGCCCGGCGCCCCCUCCCCCACGUGCUCAUAUCCCCAGCGACUACUCCCGGGGAGGCCUGUGAAGCCGCCGCAGUAAAAGGAGACGGAGGAAUAUAUAUCCUCAAGUUGGAAAGGACUCUGACCCGGUUACCACUUCCUCGUCUUUCUGAACUUUUCCUCUCGGUCUCCUGGGCUGGAGUGAGUCUUGCCACCCCCCUUGCGUGCGUUCGUUCCCCUAAGAGGCAUCCUGUCCUCCUCCUCCACUCUAGACCCGCCACCUCCCCCUGCACGCCCGCUCCACCCCCUAAGUAACGAGGCUUGGAAUACGUACACCUCCCGGGCUAGGAAUCUCCCUCGCAGAUUUAGCGGGGGCUGAGGGUUUAAGUCCCGGAAGGUGUGCCCUGGGGCUGUCCCUGGCUGGGACCGCUUCUGAGCACUCGCCCGGGCGCGACCCCCUCCCCUCCCCGCAGCCUGGGCGCGCCCGGCUCGUGCGCUGCUGUCGCGCACUCGCCGCGCCCUAGCGGCCAGAGGGGGAACGAGCGCAGGGGUGCGCGGGUGGGAGGCACCCCCCUCGGGAACCAGGGAAAUCCCGGCCGCCGCCAGGGGCCGUGCCACCACCCUCGCCCGACCGAGGCUUCCGGCGCGCCCCCAACUUUGUGGCGCCCUCAGGCAGCGGCGGCGGGGAUGGAGCUGCCUUCCCGAGGGCGGGCGCCGCUGGACUCGUCGCUGGACAGCUGCUCCCUGACCUCGUUGGAGUCCAGCGUUUUCUGCAGCGAGGGCGAAGGGGAGCCCCUGGCGCUCGGGGACUGCUUCACGGUCAACGUGGGCGGCAGCCGCUUCGUGCUCUCGCAGCAGGCACUGUCCUGCUUCCCGCACACGCGCCUGGGCAAGCUGGCCGUGGUGGUGGCCUCGUGCCGCCGCCGCGGGGCCCUGGCCGCCGUGCCCAGCCCCCUGGAACUCUGCGACGAUGCCAACCCCGUGGACAACGAGUACUUCUUCGACCGCAGUUCGCAGGCAUUCCGCUACGUCUUGCACUACUACCGCACCGGCCGCCUGCACGUCAUGGAGCAGCUGUGCGCGCUCUCCUUCCUUCAGGAGAUCCAAUACUGGGGCAUCGACGAGCUCAGCAUCGACUCCUGCUGCAGGGACAGAUACUUCAGAAGGAAGGAGCUGAGUGAAACAUUAGACUUUAAGAAGGACACAGAAGACCAGGAGAGUCAACAUGAGAGCGAACAGGACUUCUCACAAGGACCUUGUCCCACUGUCCGCCAGAAGCUCUGGAACAUCCUGGAGAAACCUGGAUCUUCCACAGCUGCUCGAAUCUUUGGGGUCAUCUCCAUCAUCUUUGUGGUGGUGUCCAUCGUCAACAUGGCCCUGAUGUCAGCUGAAUUAAGCUGGCUGGACCUGCAGCUGCUGGAAAUCCUGGAGUACGUGUGUAUCAGCUGGUUCACUGGCGAGUUCAUCCUGCGCCUCCUGUGCGUGCGGGCCAGGUGCCGCUUCCUGAGGAAGGUGCCGAACAUCAUAGACCUCCUUGCCAUCUUGCCCUUCUACAUCACUCUUCUGGUAGAGAGCCUGAGUGGGAGCCAGACUACACAGGAGCUGGAAAAUGUGGGGCGCAUUGUGCAGGUCUUGAGGCUGCUCAGGGCUCUACGCAUGCUAAAGCUGGGCAGACAUUCCACAGGAUUACGCUCACUCGGGAUGACAAUCACCCAGUGUUAUGAAGAAGUCGGCCUACUGCUCCUCUUUUUGUCUGUGGGAAUUUCUAUAUUUUCAACUGUGGAAUAUUUUGCUGAGCAGAGUAUUCCUGACACAACCUUCACAAGUGUCCCUUGUGCAUGGUGGUGGGCCACAACAUCCAUGACUACUGUGGGAUACGGGGACAUUAGACCAGACACCACCACAGGCAAAAUCGUGGCCUUCAUGUGCAUAUUAUCAGGAAUCCUUGUCUUGGCCUUGCCUAUUGCUAUUAUUAACGACCGCUUCUCCGCUUGCUAUUUCACCUUAAAGCUCAAGGAAGCAGCUGUUAGACAGCGCGAAGCUCUGAAGAAGCUUACCAAGAAUAUAGCCACUGACUCAUACAUCAGUGUGAACUUGAGAGAUGUCUAUGCCCGGAGUAUCAUGGAGAUGCUUCGGUUAAAAGGCAGAGAAAGGGCAAGUACUAGGAGCAGUGGAGGAGAUGAUUUCUGGUUUUGAAGCCACUUUCAGUUUAUUUACAAAAGCUUGUGUACAACUAACUCAACUGAUAAAGCCUUGAUAUGGAUGUCUAUGUACUGUUGAAGAGUCUCUUUUGAGUAUACCACCUGUGUUAGUUUUUGCUGAUAUUUUGCUUGGUCUGCUAGAAUAGUUCACGUCCCCCAAAUCGAGUGCACAUUGUUUCAACACAGUUGAGCCGCAAAAAAAUAGUCAUUUAACAUAACCCAAUACAAGUAGGCCACAUGUCUGAAUUGUCAAAUAUAAUAGUGCAAUAUAUCCACCAAAGUUAAAAGUUUUAUGCAUCACUAAUUUUAAAGUUUUUUGCACACUAAUGUAAAAGAAUGGGAGUUAAGCUACACGGCCCAGAGAAAAGGUAAGUGAACAUUUAAGAACAUACUGGACAUUCUUCAGGUAAAUAAAUCACUGCUUCCUCCAUCGGUUAAAGUUGUUACAUACAACAAUUAGCUUUGCAAGCGCAAAUCCUGAUUUGAUAGCCAUAGAUGGUGUCUUCCCUCUGGUGCAAACCACUCAUCACAGAGGGACUAACUUCUGAUUCAGUCAUUACUGUUGGAGGUGGGAAUCCCCAGGCUGCUUAACCACUGACAGAACAGGGGCUUCAAGAACUGUACAUUCUCAUCGUCUCCACGGAGUGCAGUAGUGUAGCCUAAAGCAGGUUUCUCUUGUACCCCUUGGAAAUUAGAUGGUCUUUAAAAAUCUCUUUAUUGAUGUGGUGUUCAAAUUAUGUCUUUAAAAUCACGAAUGUGUAAAGGUGAAGUAGUGAACAUCCUAAAAAUAUACACUAAAAGUAUUAAAUAGUCUUAUUUCAUAAAAUGAGAAUGAUAUGUUGACUGAUAUCACUGGAUGAACUUGAAAAUCUUUUAUUUGUUAACAAAAAUAUUAUAGAUAGCUUUCUGGCUUUUGGGGUAAAUAGCAAAUGUUCCAACUUUGCACGCAUUUGACAGCAUUUGACGGUCAUUCGUGAUAAUGAUAAAAUUCCUAGACAUUCUGUUAUAUGAUUAAAACCAAAAGUUCUAAACCUAAGAAUUAGUUGAUGAUUCCCAAUAUUCUAGUAAAUGAGUUUUUAAAAACUAA